CAGCAACUGCAGAGAUGUCCGAGAGAGCGCGUAUGCCAUCUCGGUGAAAGUGUGGCUUUCAACCCUGCUUUCAACCCUUUCAACCCUCAACCGGAACGUUACCGACAUUCCUUUGCCUUGCAAACUCACUUGAGCGACAUGAACUGGCAAGGUGCAAACGCUUUCUCAAGGGCAGCAGCAGCAGGCGCCCGAAGAUCACCGCCCAAGAUAUUAUCCACCCGCCCCUACUCAACAACCGGGUUCUCAGCAGGAGCACCGUCGAGACGAACGUCAGCAUUAGGAGGGUGGCUUUGGGCAGUGCCAGUCACUACGUUCUGUCUGGGCUGCUGGCAGGUCCAGAGACUGCAGUGGAAGCUGGACCUUAUGAAACGUGCGGAGGAUAAGCUGCAUUUGCCGGCUGUGGACUUGCCGAAGGAUGAGCGGCCAGUCUUCGACCGCGCCGAAGAGUUCCGCCGCGUCAAAGUCUCCGGCACCUUCCACCACGACAAAGAGAUGCUGCUGGGCCCGCGGACGCGAAAAGACCAGCAAAACCAGGGCGGCGGGAUCGUUAGUUCGGGCGCGUCGGCGGGGUACUAUGUCAUUACGCCGUUUGAGCGGGCGGGCACGGGGGAGAAGAUAUUGGUGAAUCGGGGGUGGAUACCGAGGGAUCAGAAGGAGAAGAGUAAACGAAGGGCGGGGCUGGUUACGGGGGUUGUGACGAUUGAGGGGUUGUUGAGGGCGCCGGAGAAGGGCGGCAUGUUCAUCCCGGACAACAAGCCAGAAAAGAAUGAAUGGUACUGGCUGGACAUGGACACAAUGACAAAGCACACGGGAGCCCUGCCCGUGGUCAUCGAGAUGGUAUCAGAUUCCGCAAUAAACGCCAAAUUCGACAAAGAAGGCUUCCCACUAUCCCGUACCGCUUUUCUGAAUUUCAAGAAUGAUCACCUCCAGUACGCUAUCACAUGGUACGGUCUUUGCAUAGCGUCUACGGCGAUGAUUAUUGGGAGUCGGAGAGCUGCGGCAAGGAAUUGGAGUCGGCGUUGAGAACGGUGGGCGAGCGUGUGAGGCGUGUAAUUAAGGGAUGCCCGUAAUGGCGUAAUAUGAACGUGAGCAUCGUCAAAAGCUACCCCAGCCCAGUUGGACCCGGGCCGAGGAUCAAAUGUGUCAACGAGGUUUUCAAUUCUAACCGACGCUAUGACGAGCGCUGGCCCAUUUGAGACUCCUGUAGACCAGUUGCAUCCAAUAACCUCAGAGCAUUAAUCUGGUUUGAGU